AUGGACAUCGCGAUUUCUGUGCUUGAAGCUAUAACGAUUGUGGUUGAAGGGCGUCAUCUGAACCCCGGAACUUUUCAUAACGAAUUGGUUUCAGAUGGAGUUCAUGAUGAUGAAAAUGAACUUCAACAAGACAAAACAAACUUACUUUUUAAAGGCAUUGAAUUUGAACCAAAUUCUCAAGAAGAGUGCAAGCAAAUGUAUGGCUUCUUGCCAUGUUCAAACAGUAUUUUUGGCCAUCUGUUUCUGAUUUUGGUUUAUGAGUACUUGUUGUUCCAUGGAGAAUCGUAUUUGGCUGACGGAGGUGAGCGGAUCUUCAAGAUUCUUGGUCCUGGGAUUUUCGGUGCAAGUGCUUUUCACAUCCUUAGUGCCCUUCCAGAGUCCUUAAUUCUUCUUGUCUCUGGACUUCUCAGCAGUAAGGAGAUUGCACAAGAGUAUGCUUUUACUGGAGUUGGCUUAUUGGCUGGAUCAUCCAUCUUGCUCUUGACAGUGGUAUGGGGAACCUGUGUUAUAACUGGGGCCCAACAAGUUAACAAUGAUUCGAGUCUUAGAAUCUGUGAUGAUUCUAAUUCAAUACCAACAAGACUAAAAUCAUAUUUGACUGGUUAUGGCAUUACUACAGAUUUGGAGACCAGCCACACUGCAAGAAUCAUGCUCGCCUCUGUCAUACCACUCAUAAUAAUGCAAUUCCCUAACUUGUUUCAACUCUCUUCUGGGCCAAGAACGGCGACUUUGAUAACUGCUCUCAUCAUUACUGCCAUUUUUCUGCUCUUGUACUUCACUUACCAGAUUUUUGAACCUUGGAUACAGAAAAGAAGAUUGGAAUAUGUGAAGCGAAAUCAUUUAAUAGUAAGAAUAUUACGACAUGUUGAGAAGAGUACCCUGGAGAGGAUCCUCACCAGGAAUGGAUCUCCAAAUAUAAGUGCCAUAAGAAGGCUAUUUAGAGAAGUGGAUCAAAAUGGAGACACUGUUGUAUCAGCUUCUGAAAAUAACUAA